UCUCCCACCAAAAACCCCAAGCGAAUCAUGGCUACUUUCUCUUCUCCAAGCGAAUCACGGCUAAUGGAAGAAAAGGAGCAACGCGAUACUCUGGAAGAAGAACCAGACACAAUAGUUGAAGAAGGAGAAGAAGAAGAAGAGCGGGAGAAAUCGAAUUCCUUAAACGGGGCAUCAACAGAGAGCUUGUCCGAUGCGCAUCCGUGGCCGGUGUUUAGAUUUGACAUCCCUCCGCGGAGGACAUACCACUUCGCCCAACAGUUCCGGAGCGGUUCUAAUCCUCAAAACUUCCUCAAAAGCGUCAAAUGGUCCCCUGAUGGCUCGUCUUUUCUCACCAGUUCAGACGAUCGGUCCCUCCGCUUGUUCUACUUGCCCGAAGACGCCUACUUCAAUCCUGGAAAGCUGGAAGAAUGUCAAAUUUCUCAAGAUUCGUAUUCUUCAGCUCUCGCAGUGAAUGAGGCAGAGAUGGUGUAUGAUUACUGUUGGUACCCUUACACGUCUAUGUUGGAUCCUACCACCUGUGUUUUUGUUAGCACAACAAGAGACCAUCCUAUUCAUCUCUGGGAUGCCAUUUCUGGUGAGCUUCGAGGCACUUAUCGAGCAUAUGAUGCCAUGGAUGAAAUAACUGCAGCACUUUCAGUUUCUUUCAACACAUCGGGAGCUAAAAUUUUUGCAGGAUAUGAUAAACACAUCAGAGUGUUCGAUGUACAUCGGCCUGGUCGGGAUUUUGAGCAAUAUUCUUUGGCUAAAGGAGAUGCCGGACCACUGGGUAUUGUAUCAUCAAUUGCAUUUUCUCCCAUCAAUAAUGGGAUGCUCGCAGCCGGCUCUUAUUGCCAGACUACUGCAGUAUAUGUUGAGUCCAACAUGGAACUUUUAUAUGUUUUGCAUGGACAAAUGGGUGGAGUCACACAGGUCCAGUUUUCCAAAGACGGGAACUAUAUAUAUACUGGAGGACGGAAGGAUCCUUACAUACUAUGUUGGGAUAUUCGAAAUACCAUUGGUGUUCUCUACAAAUUGUAUAGGUCUUCAGAAUCUACAAAUCAAAGGAUAUCUUUUGAUAUUGAACCUAAUGGAAGGCAUCUUGGUACAGGUGGACAGGAUGGUAUAGUUCACAUGUAUGACCUUCAAUCAGGAGAGUGGGUGUCAGGGUUUCAAGCUGCUUCUGACACUGUUAACUGUUUCUCCUUCCAUCCAUCUGUGCCAUUGGCUGCAACAUCUUCCGGACAUCGUAGAUUUAUCAUGCCUGAUAAUGAGGAGGAGAUAAGUAGCUUAAGCGGUGACGAGAAUUGUUUGUCAAUCUGGAGCUUCUCUGGUUCAGGAGAGGUGGAGGAUGACCUGCCUGUAAGAGACUGAAGCUUGGCUUUUCUUUCAGGUCAUUUUUUUAGCUAAAUCUAGUAUGUAUCAUGCAAUGUUUCGCUUGAUUGAAUGUUCUGAAAAUCGGAUCGAACAUAUAGUUCAAUGAAAACGAGGUUCUGUUCGAAGAUUCAAUCAAAGAGUUGAACCGGGU